CCUGUAAUCACUGUCGCCUUCCUAUACCAAAAUCAAUCAUCGCUUAGUUUGUUUUUAAUAGUUUGUCUAGUUUUUUCCCCUCUCUUUUUCUUUCUAUCCUUCUUAGGCCUAUGUUAGUAGAGGCCUAGAGGAGGGGCUCCGAGAGCUCAUAAAAAAGAAAGGGGAUAAGAAAAACUGAGAAAAAAAGGAAGGAAAGAAAAAAAAGAAGAAAAAAAAAGAUAAAAAGAAUGGCCUCAGACAUUUCAUUUGAAGACCUCAAGAAUGAGAAUAUUGAUCUUGAAAGCGUUCCACUUGAGGAGGUCUUUCAGACGCUAAAAUGUACCAGAGAGGGUCUAACCUCAGCUGAGGGAGACAAGAGACUGCAAGUCUUUGGUCUCAAUAAGCUAGAGGAGAAAAAGGAGAGCAAGUUCCUUAAAUUCUUGGGUUUUAUGUGGAAUCCUUUAUCAUGGGUCAUGGAGGCUGCUGCUAUCAUGGCCAUUGUAUUGGCCAAUGGAGGGGGAAAGCCACCAGAUUGGCAAGAUUUUGUUGGUAUUGUUGUGUUGCUCAUCAUCAACUCCACCAUUAGUUUCAUUGAAGAAAACAAUGCAGGCAAUGCUGCAGCAGCUUUAAUGGCUGGUCUUGCACCCAAAACCAAGGUGUUGAGGGAUGGAAAGUGGAGUGAGCAGGAGGCUGCAAUAUUGGUGCCAGGAGAUAUUGUCAGCAUCAAAUUGGGAGAUAUCGUCCCAGCUGAUGCUCGUCUCUUGGAAGGAGAUCCCCUCAAGAUUGACCAAUCUGCCCUCACCGGUGAGUCCCUACCUGUAACUAGGAACCCUGGUGAUGAGGUUUUCUCUGGUUCCACCUGCAAACAAGGUGAGAUAGAGGCUGUUGUCAUUGCCACUGGUGUGCACACCUUCUUUGGCAAGGCUGCACAUCUUGUGGACAGCACCAACAAUGUUGGUCAUUUCCAAAAGGUUUUGACAUCCAUCGGAAACUUCUGUAUCUGCUCAAUUGCUUUGGGAAUGUUGAUUGAGCUUGUUGUGAUGUAUCCCAUUCAAAGGAGGGCAUAUAGAGAAGGUAUUGACAAUUUGUUGGUUCUUCUCAUUGGAGGUAUCCCAAUUGCCAUGCCAACAGUGUUGUCUGUGACCAUGGCUAUUGGGUCUCACCGUUUGUCUGAGCAAGGAGCCAUCACCAAGAGGAUGACAGCCAUUGAAGAGAUGGCUGGGAUGGAUGUUCUCUGCAGUGACAAGACUGGAACUCUCACCCUUAACAAGCUUACUGUGGACAAGAACUUGAUUGAGGUGUUCCCCAGUGGUAUGGAUAAGGACACUCUUCUCUUGCAUGCUGCCAGGGCUUCUAGAGUUGAAAACCAAGAUGCCAUUGAUGCUUCAAUAGUUGGGAUGUUGGGCGACCCCAAGGAGGCAAGAGAAGGAAUCACUGAGGUGCAUUUCUUGCCCUUCAAUCCUGUGGAUAAGCGCACAGCAAAUACCUACAUUGAUGGCGAAGGCAACUGGCACAGAAGCAGCAAGGGUGCUCCUGAGCAAAUUAUUGAGCUUUGUGGCCUCAAAGGAGAAGCUUUAAAGAAGGCGCAUAACAUCAUUGAUCAGUUUGCUGAGAGGGGUUUGCGUUCAUUGGCUGUUGCAUACCAGACUGUUUCAGAAAAGUCCAAGGAGAGUGCUGGAGAAACAUGGGUGUUCGUAGGCCUUUUGCCACUCUUUGACCCUCCAAGGCAUGACAGUGCAGAGACUAUUCGUCGUGCUCUUGAUCUUGGUGUCAAUGUUAAGAUGAUCACCGGUGACCAACUUGCUAUUGGGAAAGAAACUGGUCGCAGGCUUGGAAUGGGAACCAACAUGUAUCCUUCAUCCUCCCUUCUUGGUGAGAACAAGGAUGCUGCCAUUGCAUCAAUCCCAAUUGAUGAACUCAUUGAGAAGGCUGAUGGAUUCGCUGGAGUAUUCCCUGAGCACAAAUAUGAGAUUGUCAAGAGGUUGCAGGAGAUGAAACACAUUUGUGGAAUGACCGGAGAUGGUGUGAAUGAUGCCCCAGCACUGAAGAAAGCAGAUAUUGGAAUUGCAGUGGCUGAUGCUACUGAUGCUGCCAGAAGUGCCUCAGACAUUGUUCUGACCGAGCCGGGACUAAGUGUGAUUGUGAGUGCUGUAUUAACCAGCAGGGCCAUCUUUCAGAGGAUGAAGAACUACACAAUCUAUGCUGUUUCCAUCACAAUCCGUAUUGUGUUUGGAUUCAUGCUGGUAGCUCUAAUAUGGAAAUUUGACUUCUCACCUUUCAUGGUCCUGAUCAUUGCUAUCUUGAAUGAUGGAACCAUCAUGACCAUUUCCAAGGAUAGGGUGAAGCCAUCCCCUUUGCCUGAUUCAUGGAAACUCAAAGAAAUAUUUGCCACUGGAGUUGUUCUUGGAGCUUACAUGGCCCUCAUUACUGUGUUGUUCUUCUAUUUAGUUCAUGACACCGAUUUCUUCACUGAUGUUUUUGGUGUUAAGUCAAUUGCAGAAAGUGAGGAAGAGCUUAACUCAGCUCUCUACCUUCAAGUGAGUAUAAUUAGUCAAGCACUCAUCUUCGUGACCAGGUCAAGGGGAUGGUCUUAUGCUGAACGCCCUGGCGUGUUACUUAUCACAGCCUUCUUUCUUGCACAACUGGUGGCAACUAUCAUUGCUGUGUAUGCACAUUGGGACUUUGCUAGAAUCCAUGGAGUCGGUUGGGGUUGGGCAGGAGUAAUCUGGAUCUUCACCAUUGUCACCUAUAUCCCUCUUGAUAUCAUCAAGUUCCUGAUCCGCUUGGGAUUGUCAGGAAGGGCUUGGGACAACAUGAUAGAUCACAAGACUGCUUUCACAACAAAGAGUGACUAUGGAAAGGGAGAGAGGGAGGCUCAAUGGGCUGUGGCUCAACGCACCUUGCAUGGUCUCAAAGUUGAAGAAGCUCACUUGAACAACCACCACCAUGAACAUUCUGAAAUCGCUGAGCAGGCUAAACGACGCGCUGAGGCCGAAAGGCUCAAAGAGCUCCACACACUCAAGGGACAUGUUGAAUCUGUGGUGAAAUUGAAGGGUCUUGACGUUGAUACCAUCCAACAACACUAUACAGUCUAAAAGGAUUUUAAGGAAUACAAAGUUCAUACGCUAUCAAUAUUCUGAAGAUUGGAUUAGAGUUUGAAAGCAAUAGAUAAAAUUAUGUACCUUGUCAUUUAAAUUUUCACUUUCACCCCCUUAGAAUAGAGGCGACGCAGUUAUGUAAUACUACUAUGAAACAUAUAUUGUAGCUGGUUGUUUUUAUAUACCAGUAAAUAAAUAAUAAGUUAGUAUUAUAUUAGAAAUAA